AAUGUAUUAAUCUCAAUGUAUGUUAAUAAAAUGUGUUGAUUCCGUAGCAACGCACGGGUAUAUACCUAGUAUAGAAAGAAUAUCCGAGACCUCUCCCACGCUAGACUGAGAGCAACGCAGCCAGCUUUUCAUAGUGUCCAAAACCUCCUCCAGCUUCCAUUGAUCCUUCAGCUUGAGCGAAGCUCCCCACCUCUGCAUAAAAGAAAUAGAAUCAUACAUGGUCACUUUCGGGUUGUAGGGGAGUUUCUUUUCAAUCGCCAUCUUGUUGCGAGUGCACCACAUAGACCAAAGCAGCCCCGCAAUUAAGAAAGUACAUAGGGGGUUGGAUAAAUGAAAUCCUGGGAUUGCCCAUUCAUCAAACAAGAACCAAAUCAUGCUGGGAGAGUGGUGCCAACCAAAAAUCUGCCUUAAGCAGCACCAGAUAUAUUUUGACAAUGCGCAAUGAAAGAAAAUGUGGUCCACAGUUUCAUGCCCCUUGCACAAGGAGCAGAAUUCGCUCCCCUUCCACCCUCUUUUCAUGCCCCUUGCACAAGGAGCAAAAUACCUUACCUGAGUCGCUCCGAUCACAAGCGUCGGGCGACCACCUUCCUCCUCCGCGGAAUCCUGCUGUAUCUGGUGCCUAGCGCUGGUCGUCGAGAGGACGGGCGGGGAGGCGUCCGCCGGCGAGGGACUGAGCGGUGGAGACCUCGGUGGGCAGGCGCCUACGAGCCCCCGGCUGACACGGUCGAAGCUGCUGCGGACGGCCGGGCUCCAAGCGCACCCUCGGUGUCCGCGUCGCCCUCCGUUCUCUUCUUUGACUCCUGAGUUUCAGUGGACGUUGGCGGCGUUUGAGACCCGGCGGCGGCGUAUCCGCCGGCCACUGCACAUCCCCCGCGGCGCGCCACUCCUAUGGUGUUUCUGAUCAAAUGGAGCAAGCCUGCAAUGGCGCACUGCCGGCUCCUCCACCGCUACGUCUCGUCCGCCGCCGCCAGAGCCGCAGCGCCGAUCCCUGCCCGGCACGUGCCCCGGUCGCCCGGCACGUCCGCGCAAAGCGCCCGCAUACGGGAGCUCGGCCGCCUCGGCCGCUUGCACGAGGCCAGGGAGGUGUUCGACUCGAUGCCCUUCCGCGACAUCAUCGCCUGGAACUCCAUGAUCUUCGCCUACUGCAACAACGGGAUGCCCGACGCCGGGAGGUCGCUCGCUGACGCGAUCUCCGGCGGGAACCUGCGCACGGGCACCAUCCUGCUGUCGGGCUACGCGCGCGCCGGGCGCGUGCGCGACGCUCGGAGGGUGUUCGAUGGAAUGGGCGUGCGGAACACCGUGGCGUGGAAUGCCAUGGUUACCUGCUACGUCCAGAACGGGGACAUCACCCUCGCGCGCAAGCUGUUCGAUGCAAUGCCGAGCAGGGACGUCUCGUCAUGGAACACGAUGCUCACCGGGUACUGCCAUAGCCAACUGAUGGAGGAGGCAAGGAAUCUGUUUGAACGAAUGCCAGAACGCAACGGGGUUUCUUGGACAGUGAUGAUUUCUGGGUAUGUUCUAAUUGAGCAGCAUGGCAGGGCUUGGGACAUGUUUCGCACAAUGCUAUGUGAAGGAAUGACACCAGAGCAACCAAACCUUGUUUCUGUGCUUUCAGCUGUACGCCAUCUUGGUAAACCUGGCAUUCUAGAGAGUAUCCACGUUCUUGUGCAUAAGACUGGCUUUGAGAGGGAUGUUGUUGUCGGCACUGCUAUACUUAAUGGCUACACUAAGGAUGUGAAUAUGCUUGACAGUGCAGUAAAGUUCUUUGAAGGUAUGGCAGCUAGGAAUGAGUACACAUGGUCAACCAUAAUCGCUGCACUAUCUCAGGCUGGACGAAUAGAUGAUGCUUUUGCUGUUUACCAAAGAGAUCCUCUAAAGUCUGUUCCUAGUAGGACUUCAAUGCUCACAGGCCUUGCUCGAUAUGGAAGGAUCGAUGAUGCAAAGAUUCUAUUUGACCAGAUUCAUGAACCUAAUGUUGUAUCCUGGAAUGCCAUGAUUACUGGGUACAUGCAGAAUGAAAUGGUUGAUGAAGCAGAAGAUCUUUUUAACAGGAUGCCCUUUAGAAACACAAUAUCUUGGGCUGGGAUGAUUGCAGGGUAUGCGCGUAAUGGGAGGAGUGAACAAGCUUUGGUUUCACUCCAAGCUCUCCAUAGGAAAGGAAUGUUACCUAGCCUGUCUAGUUUGACUAGUAGCUUCUUUGCUUGUUCAAACAUCGAAGCUCUUGAGACAGGAAAGCAAGUUCAUUCACUUGCAGUAAAGGCUGGCUGUCAGUUUAAUAGCUAUGUUUGUAAUGCACUGAUUACUCUGUACGGUAAGUACAGAAGCAUAGGGUCUGUGAGACAAAUCUUUGAUCGGAUGACAGUUAAAGAUACAGUGUCUUAUAACUCUUUUAUGUCCGCGCUUGUACAGAAUAAUCUGUUUGAUGAAGCAAGAGAUGUAUUCAACAAUAUGCCGAGUCCAGAUGUUGUAUCUUGGACUACGAUAAUAUCUGCAUGCGCACAAGCUGACCAGGGGAAUGAGGCAGUAGAGAUUUUCAGAAGUAUGCUGCAUGAGCGUGAGCUACCCAAUCCACCUAUAUUAACGAUACUUCUUGGUCUCAGUGGAAAUCUUGGUGCUCCCCAACUUGGACAGCAAAUUCACACAAUCGCUAUUAAACUUGGAAUGGAUUCAGGACUUGUAGUGGCUAAUGCUCUUGUCUCGAUGUAUUUCAAGUGUAGUUCUGCAGAUUCCCUUAAGGUUUUUGAUUCAAUGGAGGAACGGGACAUUUUUACAUGGAAUACCAUCAUUACCGGCUAUGCUCAACAUGGCCUUGGAAGAGAAGCUAUCAGAAUGUAUCAACUAAUGGUAUCUGCAGGAGUGUUGCCUAAUGAGGUCACUUUUGUGGGCCUUUUACAUGCAUGUAGCCAUUCUGGUUUGGUAGAUGAAGGGCACCAGUUCUUCAAGUCUAUGAGCAGUGAUUAUGGAUUAACUCCUCUGCUAGAGCACUAUGCUUGCAUGGUCGACCUACUUGGGCGAGCUGGUGAUGUGCAAGGAGCUGAACAUUUUAUUUAUGAUAUGCCUAUUGAGCCAGAUUCAGUGAUCUGGAGUGCGCUUCUCGGGGCAUGCAAGAUUCACAAGAAUGUAGAAAUUGGUAGGAGAGCAGCUGAGAAACUUUUCUCUAUCGAGCCAUCAAAUGCUGGGAAUUAUGUCAUGUUGUCAAAUAUAUACUCCUCCCAAGGGAUGUGGGACGAAGUUGCAAAGGUACGGAAACUUAUGAAAGAACGAGGUGUGAACAAGGAUCCUGGUUGUAGCUGGAUGCAGAUAAAGAACAAAAUGCACUCAUUUGUCACUGGAGAUGAGGAACAUGAGCAAAUUCAAAACAUAUAUGCUACCCUUUGGGAGUUAUACACUUUGCUAAAGGCCACAGGGUAUGUACCUGACACGGACUUUGUUCUCCAUGACAUAGAUGAAGAGCAGAAAGAGAGCUCGCUUCUGUACCAUAGCGAGAAGCUUGCUGUUGCUUAUGGCCUUCUUGUUACACCCAAGGGCAUGCCCAUACAGAUAAUGAAGAACCUUAGAAUAUGUGGUGACUGUCACACUUUCAUCAAGUUUGUAUCCUCUGUCACCAAGAGAGAAAUUGAUGUUAGGGAUGGGAAUCGAUUCCAUCAUUUCAGGAAUGGAAGCUGUUCAUGCGGUGAUUUUUGGUGAUAAACUAUCAGAGCAUGAGCAGGUCUUCUUCAUGCUAUCCCCUCAAACACAGGUUGCAUAAUUUCUUCACUCAUUUUUUUCAUUUUCCUUUACUUUCGGUCUGUGUCCAAAAUCCAAAUCCUUGUUCAUGUUAUCCCAAUUGAUCAAAGAGGAUUUUGCUAUGUGAUAUUCUCAAUGGGUUACACAAAAGUUGGGUCUGUAUACUAGAAAAUUAAUGGCUAUUCACUUGAAGUUUGAACUGAAUCCGUAGCAAAGCGAGAUUCCUUAUAUGAUGUGUUUCUUGUCGCUUGAUGUUUUUCCCUGGAUUGCAUUCUGAUAGUUUGAUAGUGUAGUUAAUCUUGUAUUCCUGUUUUCAUAUGACUGAGUGGUGUUUUGUGCAUCAGAGUUCUUAAAACUUGACCCAGUUUGGAGCGCCGUCCGCGCUACACGGGUACGACACAAGUCACUUGCUGACGUGUGCAUGUUCUAUGCAUUCAUUCGCUACGAAAAGCUGCUCGAGGAAGACACCUCUCGCCAUGUUGUCGCACUGCUCGAGGGCAUGGGCGCGGCCAUCCAACGAAGGACACGCUUGGGCCCCGCCUCCACUCUCCUCUCCUUCUUGUCCUCAUUGGCUUGCUGCCCUACCCUUCUCCUCUUCCCACCACCCUCCCUCUCAUCCACGCCCUCCUGCCCUCCCAGUGAGGUCCCUCCGUCCCUGUCGCCUCCGAUUCCGAUCGAUUGUGCCCGACUCCAGUCUCGCCCUGCGCCAGCAUGGCCUCACCCAUGGUCGCCUCCCCGAUCCGGGCGACAUCCCCACCACCGCGCCCUCGCCGACCUUCCCGCCGCAGCGCCUCACGUCAUCGCUGCCCGUCGCCAACACGUCCAGGUCGUCCUCCCCGCUUGACUAUGCCCGACCCCAGUCUCGCCCGUGUUCACCAACAUGGCCUCACUCACGGUUACCUCCCCGAUGCGAGUGAGCCCCAUCGACAACCCCACCGCCACGCCCUCACUGGCCUCCCUGCCGCGACGCCUUGUGUGAGCGUCGCCCGUCGUCGACGCGUCCGGGUCGUGCUCCUUGGCUUUCACCCACUAUGGGGAUCAGCUCUCCCCCCGACGCCUUGGUGGCCGGUGGGUGCCGCGCACAGUGCGCUUGCGUACGAAUUUGACCUGGCGCAUGUUUGAUGUGGCAUGGUGUUUGGUCAGCGCUAGAUGCUCGACAUCCCCAUCCGCGCGCUCGAGGCAGAGUCCAGGGACGCCAAGAUGAGCCCGACCGCGACCGCCUAGCCGUCAGCUCCAAAGAAGAAGCCAGGGCACCGGUGGACGUCAGGGUUCCGUCGUGGUGGCCUGCUAGAUCCAGAUUCAACAAGAAAGGUUUGUGAUUCGUUUGGCCUUAGGAUGACAAACGGUUUUUAUUUUUCUAGAAUCCCACUGAAAGAGAGAUGGAGUUGAAUGAGAAAUCUGAAAAGAAUACGCAAGAGGUAGAUGAGAAGUUCCAAAACACAAACUUGUAUCUCAAGAACUUAGAGAUGGAGCUUCGGGAGUUACAAGUGCUUCAUAAGGAAUCGAAUAGAUCUGAAAGUUUUACUGUGCCAACACAUGCACACACUGGUGGUGCCUGCAUCUAGCUUUUCAGAUCAAAGCCUGACAGAAGAUGAUGCACUUCUGUGCCUGAACACUGAACGGACAGCUACCAUAGGGCAAAGUGAAGAAGAAACAGAAGAGUUGAGCAAGAUCACACUAGAGAAUAAGGAUAUUCAGCUUGAUAUCGAUAUAAGAGAAGAAUCUCGGAGCUCUUCACAACAAGUGAACUUUUACACAGAAAGUACCAGCUCCAGUGAGGCUGCAUGUUUAUGAGAUCGAGAUCCUUUUUUUUGCUCUGUUGAUCCAUAAGAUUGAGAAUUUUUUUUUGGCUUGUAUACGAGGUGUCUGAUGGAGCCGACCCUAUGGAGCUGCAUGUUUAUGAUUUUAAAGGACCUGGUGUGGCCUUAUCGAUGUACAAUAGCGAUGAGUUUAUUAGGCCUUUCGCUGAAUCCUCCAUGGAUAUGGCUCUUUCAAAAAAGUUGUCUCUUUAUCUCAGCACCAAGAAUACAAUCCUCAAGAAGUAUGACGACAGGUCACAAUUGGACCAUGGUGCUCCAUUUUGCUUACUGUGAUAUGUGCAGCGAAGCGAUGGCGAUGGUGUUUUUGAUGUUCAGGACAGAAUCAAUGGCCGCACCUUAUGUGAUUGUGAUAGCAUAGUUGUUUGCGAGGUAAUUACAAAGCUGCAGGCUGCCGCCUGGAGGCAGUGGGAGGCCCUGGGCGACCGAAGGGUGCAUGAUAUUCUAGUUUCAGAUCAAUGCUGAGUGCAGGGAGAGGCAAUGUCUUACCUCUUGGAUGUUCAUCUCUAUAUUAGUCCAUCCAUAGGUAUGCAGCUUUGGACCGUCGAUGUUAAAUCUUGUCUCACCAGCGACUACUUCUGAUGGUGUGGCUACCUGAGCAGCUUGUACCGAUUCUGCCUUAGCUUGCCGAUCAACGCUGUCCACCAGGACAGAGCUGAAAACUUGAAAUGGCAAGACCAGAACCCUGAAGUUGAAGUGUUGGCAAGAAACUCAGAUAGGUGGAUGAACGUUGUGAGCCACCUAGCUAAGAGCUUGAAGACGACAGAUGGUAGGUGUUAGAAAUGGAAGGCCAUGCGGCUCCCAUGUUAUGGAAAAAAAACCCAAUCAUGAAUUUUGGAAAGCUCAAGAACCUUUGUUGAAGGAGAUAAGGCGGAUCCGUUCAAGGUCAACAAUCGUGAUGAGAAAUUACAGAAAAGAGGAAGAAUAUUGUCGAUGAAAAAAAGUGCUCAAAGUAGGUGAUGUAAGUAAAGGUGACAGACUCUAAAUUUUACACUAUAAGAUUUAAAGACCCAUUUAUAGUUAUUUUUAAACAUUUAUCUAGUGCUCUACCAUUUUAUGAAGAAAUGGCGAGCCAUUACCACCGUGGAUGUAA